GAAAGAGCAAGGCAGAGUCUCCCUGCCGGGGGCUGAGGAAGGCAGGCAAGCAGGCGGGAGGUCUGUCGGUCAGUCAGUCAGAGGUGAUAACGAUGGGUCCUCCUGCGGCGGGCUUGGCCUGCUUCUUGUUCUGCUCCUGGCUCUUGCUGGCGUCGGAGGGCGCGUCGGAGGGGCCGCCAGUGGAUUUCUUGUACCAAGAGAAGGGUGAGUGCUUCUUUUCCAACGGGGCCGGCGGAGAGGAACCCCAUGUGCUCUUCCUGCAACGGUUCAUCUACGACCGGCAGGAAGUGGCCCGCUUCGACAGCGACCUGGGCCGCUACGUAGCCCUCGCGCCCAUGGUGGAGUCCAACAUGGACAGGUGGAACCGGGACCCCGAUACGCUGCGGAGCAUGAUGACCAACGUGGACGCCUUCUGCCGACACAACUACGGCAUCAUGGAGCCCUUCUCCCUCCGCAGGAAGAUUCAGCCCAAGAUGAGGAUCACCAGCGACUACAAGGCCCCCUCCCACAACACUCUGCUGAUUUGCUUCGUGGACAGCUUUUUCCCAGCCAAGAUAAAAAUCAGGUGGUUCAGGAACGGGAAGGAGGAAAAGGGGGACCAAGUGAUGACUUCGGGCCUCAUCGACAACGGAGACUGGACUUACCAGAUGCAUGAGAUGCUGGAGACGCAGCCGGAGCGGGGAGAUGUCUACGCCUGCCAAGUGGAGCACGACAGCUUCGCCAGCCCUGCCUCCAUCGAGUGGAGGCCCCAGUCGGACUCUGCCAAGAGCAAGAUGUGGACGGGGGUCGUGGGCCUGGUCCUGGGCGUGGUCUUUGUGGCCGCGGGGCUCUCCCUAUACAUCUGGAAAGGCUGUGCUGUGCCCCGGACAACAGUGGGGCUCAUGGAGUAGACUCUGGGGUGACUCCUCUUCGCCAAAGAAGACCCCACUUCCCUCCUCCUUGCCAUCAGCCUUGGCCUGGCUCUAAGGGCACAAACAUCCGAAGAUGGGUCCAGCGUUUCAUCCUCCUCCUCUUCAACUUGCAUUCCUUUGGGGGGCCUUUUCUGGAAGGUGGGCUGUGUCUCAGGGUGGCCUCGCUCCCUUUCAUCACAAAGAGGGGCCUCUUUGGGGACAAAGGGGUGUCAAUUCAGAGAAUCUUCAUUGGAAAGGUAGACUGGCUGGUGAGAAGGGCCCUCCUCCAAGGGGAGUCCUCCUUGCCCCUUUGGGACCCCAAUCCUGCCCUGUUUCUCCUGAGGUGCCAAAGGCCCUCCUUGGCAAAUAGCACUGCAAAUCCCCACCUGCUUCCCAGAGCUAGCAAACCUCUUUUUGAAGCAACAGCCGUGAUCAUAAUGUCUCUCUGUGCCUCUGUCAAUAAAGAGAUGCCUUCUC